UUUCGCGAGGACUUAGUCUGGUUUUGAUUGCGAAUCGACAUACAUCAAGCGACUGUGUAACAAUGAAGCUGCUUGUUAUAACAUUUACCAUAAUUGGUUUUGCAAUAGCCGACACCAUCCCCGAUGCUCGAUUGAUCGGAGGAACUAAUGCUGUUUGGGGUCAGUUUGCGUCUGCCGUUUCCAUCACGACACCUUUUCAACUUCACUGUGGAGGGGUGAUCAUUCACCCGCAGCACGUAUUAACUUCCGCUCAGUGCGUUUUAAAUGCUCAGAAUCGCCUAAUUGAUCCCUACUGGUUGUCGAUCAUAGCUGGUGAUACAGCGCUUGCACCGAUUGGUGCUCGUCGCCAGACUAGGCGUGUUACACAUAUCUAUGUUCAUCCGCAGUUUAACGUAUUCACUCGGGAGAAUGAUGUAGCAGUUUUGCGAUUGAAUCUUUCAUUCAAUUUUCCCUCAAAUACGGUUAACAUCGCUCGGCGUGCAACUCGAAUCACUCCGAUCGGCGAAACGUGUCAAUUCGCUGGCUGGGGAGCUGCAGCAGUAGCAGCCAACACACCUGUGAAUGUUCUGCAACGAUUCUUACCGAUGAUCAUCAACGACCGGGAUCUCUGUAAUCAGCCAACGAUGCAUGCCGGCCGGGUACUGGAAUCCAUGAUCUGUGCUGGAAAUACAGCGGCCUCGAACAAUGCUGCCCCUUGCAAUGGUAAUUUGGGAACCGGUCUGUACUGCAACCGUCAAUUGGUGGGAAUUCUUUCGUUUGGCGUUAACUGCGGGGUCGCGAAUAAUCCACCGGUGUUCACCCAGGUGCGCAACUACAAUCAGUGGAUCAUCCAGCAGAUCGGCCGGAACGAUACGGUAGCACCGAACUGGACACCGGGGGUGUUGCCGAAUCCAGUGGACAAAAUUCCAACGACACGGCCGUCGCAGAAUAAACCAGUUCCCAUGUUACUUGCACAGACACCCGGUCCCUGCGCCGUACCACCCGCACAAAUCAUGGACUCUUCAAUCCGUCCGAAAUGUACGGCUAACCCGGCGCAGAUGUCUCUGUUGAUAAUUGGAGCAGCAAUAAACUGCUGUGUUGGAAAAUUUGUGGCGUUGUUCCAGCCAGCUGCCUGGCAGGCCAUUCCGUCGAAUGGAAUUUCAUCGCCUAGAUUGUUUGCCGCACCACAGCCGAAUCCAGUGGACAAAAUUCCAACGACACGGCCGUCGCAGAAUAAACCAGUUCCCAUGUUACUAGCACAGACUCCCGGUCCCUGCGCUGUACCGCCCGCACAAAUCAUGGACUCUUCAAUCCGUCCGAAAUGUACGGCUAACCCGGCGCAGACGUCUCUGUUGAUAAUUGGAGCAGCAAUAAAUUGCUGUGUGGGUGAAGCGGUAGCGUUGUUCCAGCCAGCCGCCUGGCAGGCCAUUCCAUCGAAUGGUAUUUCAUCACCAAGAAUUGCAAAAGCAAUGUUUUGGAUGGCUACAUCCGGUGGAACGAAAUUGGAACUGGUCCUCAAAACGGCCAAAUUGUUGGCGAAUAGCGACAGGUCUGCCAAGUGGAAAUUCAGUAUUCAAUUGCCUCUCGUGCAGGACAGUUCGACUAAAAUGAAGGUUUCUGCAUUUCUCUUCCUAGUUGCAUUGGCAGGUGCAUAUGCCAGUGAAGAUACCUCGAGUCGUAUAACUGGAGGAACAGUGACUCUUCCGGGGCAAUUUCCGGCCGCUGUAAGUAUUGACACGCCUUACACUUUGCAUUGCGGAGGAACUAUCGUGAAUGCGCAACACGUAUUGACGGCAGCAUGGUGUGUCAUGCAUCCGACAACCGCCACGUUGAUUAAUCCGUUUUGGUUGCGAGUCAUCGCAGGAGAUAUAAACUUAAUUCCUGUGUCAUAUCGACGCGAGGUUCGAAACGUCACUCGUCUGUUUGUUCACCCGAAUUAUAACGCUCUGACGAACAACAACGAUUUGGCUGUCAUUCGCGUGAAUACACCGUUUCCUGCGUUCCACAACACAAUCGAACCUGCCGUAUUGAAUACUAGGGUUCUAGCUGAUAAUACCCAAUGUCAAUAUGCCGGUUGGGGAGCAGCAACAAAUGCCGCAAAUGCACCUAUGGUUCCAGCCCAACGAAUGGUUCCGGUGCCAAUACUCACCACAGCGUCGUGCAACGUUGCUACCGUUCACAACAACCGUGUCCUUCCUACAAUGAUUUGUGCGGGAUCAAUUACUGCCAUUGCCAACACGGUUUGUCAGGGAAACAACGGCGGUGGUCUCUACUGUAAUGGUGAACUGACAGGAGUGCUCUCCUUCGGACUUGCAUGUGGAGCAGCUAAUCAACCAGGAGUCUACAUCGAUAUUAGACAGUACAGACAAUGGAUCGAAACCCAGUUCAACCGUACGGACAAUCCAGCUCCCGGAUGGACUCCGAACCCCAUUAAACCGGUGAGUUCGCCGUUGCAGUAUAACCCAGAACCGAUACUGGCCGCACAUGGUGCUGGUCCAUUUUCGGCUGCUAUCAAGUUUCCGGCACAGAUCAUAUUUUCGAAAACCCGCGAAAAUGGUCUGACGCCGUUGCAGACAUCACGAUCGUUGAUAACCAUCGGUAGAAAACGUUGCUCCGCAAUGAUCGCGUUUCCCACCGCUGUCGCUGUUCCCCAACCAGUCAUUUGGCAGGAAAUUACGGGCAUCAGUUUUCGACCAGCUACGAAAGAAAUAAGUUGGAGAACCAUGUUUGUCCAUGUAAGAGUCACAUGGGCUUUCGUAAAUUUGCUGCUUCUCCAAGCGGUAGUAACUCAAUCUGAAAUUAACCCGUUUCUGGUUGGUGGAGGACCUGCUGUUUUGGGAGCUUACCCGUCAACCGUUGGAAUCAACAUUGGUCAGCCGCAAACCUUGUUCUGUGGUGGAACUAUCCUGAACACGAAUCACGUUCUUACGUCGGGAAGUUGUGUCUUGGAUGCCCAAAACAACCUUCGAGCAGCGAAUCAAUUUGUCAUACGGAGUGGUGUUGUAGAUAUUAAUGCGGCCGCACCUGCGACAACGGUUAACCGAGUAUUUGUGCAUCCUCUCUAUGAUCCGUUCACAUUCGAGAAUGAUAUAGCAGUUCUUAGAAUAGUAGGCCAGUUCACAUUCCCGGCAGUGGCAAAUCCGAAUAUUGCACCGGCCGAGCUACAGGAUAGAAUUGUAGCAGAGAACGGGGUUUGUCAGGCAGCUGGUUGGAAUUGGCAACAAACGGGUACCAGUCACACGUUGCAACAGCUGGACGUGAUCGUACAUGAUCGAGUAGAUUGCAACAAUUUAUACAAUGGUAUGAUUCGCCAGUCAAUGCUUUGCAUCAGGACUAACAGUGCAAAUCAGGCCCUUUGUCUACCAAAUCGAGGUGGAGGUUUGUUCUGUAACGGACGACUGACCGCAGUAGUGUCGUUUGGUUUAGGAUGUGGAGCGAAUACUACCACCACUGCAUCGGUUCUUACACAAGUUCGCUACCACCUGCCCUGGAUUCAGCAACAGUUUGUGAGGAACGAUAACCCUCCUCCCGGAACGACUCCGAUGCCUGGUAGAGACGGAUCAACCACCGUGAGUGUCUCAAUUGGUGCAAUUUUAUUUACGUUGCUUUGCAUGAUGAUAAUGCGAUGAAGUGGGGUGAUAAUUAUUCAUUAUAAUUGUGAUUAACUGAAAAAUAAAUUUACUCAUUUUAUUAUUUGUCUA